AUGGAGGAGCUAGUCAAGCUGAAAAGCGAGGGAAAGAUUAAAUACAUUGGCCUCUCUGAAUGCUCCUCUGACUCCCUACGCAGCGCGUACAAAGUGCAUCCAGUUCAAGCUGUACAGGUCGAGUACAAUCCCUGGACUCUGGAUAUUGAAGGGCACUCGGGCACAUUUCUGCUGCAAACAGCGCGUGAGCUAGGCGUGGCUAUCGUGGCCUACUCUCCACUCGGCCGUGGUAUGCUGAUAGGUCAAUACAAGUCAGUCGACAACUUUGACCCAGACGACCACAGGCGUGUGUUUCCGCCGUACCAAGGUGAGAACUUUGCCAAGAACCUGGAACUGGUUGAUGAAUUCCAGGAGAUGGCUGCUCAGAAGGGAUGCACCGCCGGUCAAUUGACCCUUGCUUGGCUGCUCUCUCUGGGAGACGACAUCAUCCCGAUUCCAGGAACUAAGAAGAUCAACUACCUGGAGGAGAACACUGGUGCUGUGGACAUCCAGCUGACAGAUGAGGAAAGGAAGCAUUUGAGGGAUCUAGUGGACGCGGCUGAUGUUAGGGGAGACAGGGGCGCUGGGGACAGGGCCUUUGCAGAUACACCAGAACUGUGA